AUGGCCAAUGAGCACAUGAGAAGAUGCUCAGUGUCCCUGAUCAUUAGGGACACGCACAUCAAAGCCACCAGGGGAGACAGCUCACACCAUCAGGGGCCACUGACACAGCAGCAGGUUUUCAACAAGGGAGAGGCUGGUGUGAAGCUGCAGGAAACCCCCGGAAGGAAGGACGGGCAGCCGUGCCACAGGUCCCCGCCCGAGGCCGCGUCCCCCUCGACACCCCAAGCCAGACUGAAGAGAGGUCCCCAGGAGCAGGUCCCCCCAUCCUCAUUCAGUGGCAAACCUUGGUCCUCGUGUCCCACCCUCCCGAUGUUACCUAAGGAAGCCUCAAAGUCUGAGCAGCACACUGUGACGCCCGGCUCGAUCGCCAGGGGCCUGGUGGUCCUGCAGGGCGUGGCCGGCCGGAACCCCCAGUGCGCAGAGCUGCACCUGCCGCGGAAGCAGGGCCCCCUCAGCAAGGCCGCGCAGGCUGUCAGCUGCUACCCCGGGAAGAAGGUACGGGGCCUCGGGCGGGGCCUCUGGCCCAGCGCAGCUAACCUGGGCGAGACCCGCUUCCCAGGCCACACCGGGUGUCGGCGGUGCCCGGUGCACGGGCUGCACGGGAAGCCGCGGCUCUGGGCCGUCCUCCCGCGGAGCGAGGCUGCCGCCUUCUCUGGCCUGGAGAGGGAAGAGGCUGGUGGCCCCAGACGUCCUCAGGAGUGGCUUGCAAAGGACGGUGAAGGGGGAGGGAGAAACCGAGGCAGGGAACCGCAGCCGGGGAGGCGGGAGCUCAAGGACAGCGCCGGCCCCAGCGGCUUCCAGUCGGAAAUGGAGGGGCUGCGCAAGGCGUUCCGCUCGCGGCCCGACUGCCUGCAGCUCAGCACCAGGGCCACGCCUGUCUCCAACCGCGGUUCACCCACCCGGGUCGAUCUGUCCGCGGAGGUGUGCUUCAGCCUGGACGAGUGGGGGGCCCCCCAGGACGCGCUCCUGGCCAGGCGGGGCUCGGACACGAGCCUGGACGGGCACCUCCCUCUGCUCAGUCAGAGCGCCUGCGAGUUCAGUUAUUUGGGGAAGAGGAGCGAAUCCCAGACUUUGAGUCCGGUCACCAGCAGCUCAGCCGCAUCCCAGAGCCACCCGAAAAAGAGGACGCCCUGGUACCUCUCGGUCAUUCAGGAGAAGAUCCAGCGCCUGUCCAAGCUGGAGAUGCAGGUUCAGAAGAAAGAUGAAGAGAUCUUCGCACUCCAAGGGGAGAGGGAGGCCCUGAAGAAGCAGCUGAAAUCCCUUCUGAAAACCAAAGCCCAAGAGACCCCAUUCAGGAGGGAGCGGCGCAUGGAGGUUCCGCUGAGGGUGAGCAGGCUGAGCAUCCUGAGGGCCCUCCACAGAGGCAGGGAGGAGGAGCCGCUGAGCAGUAAGCAGAUGCAGGAGGAGCGUGUGGUGGCAGAGACAGGCAAGCAGCCGGAGCAGGGCAGCAGCGAGGAGGAGGAGGGUCCGACCAGGGAGCCAGAGGGGUCGGAGGACGUGAGGGCAAAGGGUGGUGUGGGCAAGACAGUGGUUGUGCAUGAGGAGGAAGAGGAAGAGGAGGAAGAGGAGGAGGAGGAGGAGGAGGAGGAGGAGGAGGAAACGGAGCUGCUGGAGGAGGAGGAGGAGGAGAUCCCCAGGAGAAGGGUUUACUCCCUGGGCGAGUCCUUCGAGGAAGAGCUGAUGGCCCAGCUGGAGGAGUACGAGCAGGUGAUUCUGGAGUUCCAGUACGAGCUGGAGGUCACCAGGACCAGAUACUCCCUCGCGACGGGAACGAUUGCGUCUUUACAACAUCAAGUAGACAUCCAAGAAUCCCAGCUGCGAAGGAUCAACAUGGAAAACCAGAUGCUGCAGAAGGAGCUUCGAGAGCGGAAGCAGCAGUUACAAGCCAUGACGGACAAGUUCUCCAACCUCCGAGAGGAUAAGAAACACCAGGAGAUGAUGGGGUGCAUUGAGAAGGACAACUUCUUCCUCCGGCAGCACGUGUCGGAGCUGGAAGACGCGCUCGGCAAGCGGGACCACGUCAUCUCCGAGCUGGACGCCAAGGCCAGCGAGCUGCAGGCCCAGGUGGAGCAGGACCAGAACCACCUGCAGAGGUGGCGGCAGCUGCAGGAGGAGCUGCAGAGCAAGAAGGAGAUGAUCGGGCAGGCGGAGCAGCAGGCCCGUGUGGCCCUGGAGAGCGCCCAGUCCAGGCUUGAGAGACUGAGGAACAAGAUCAUCCAGGCCACCUUCAGCAGCCCCGGGGUCAAGGCCUCGAACACCAACACCGAGAUCUCGGACAACGACAUCCUGGAAGCCCUGCAGAGGAUCAUCACGGAGAGAACUGACUACUACAACCAGCUGAAGCAGAAAGGCGUCAAAGUGCUCCCCCUGCACCAGUCCGAUACCUCUUUGCCCAGCAAGCCCAAGAAGGUGACCUCCAAGUAGGCCCAGCCAGGCCCGCAGGACAUGGUCAGCCCCGCAGAGGUCCGGACCCAGCUGGGAACAGCCGUCCCUGACCGUGUCCUGCUCUCUGGCUCAGAAUUAAACCCUUGCGUUGG